GCGCCCUCGACGGCGGCGGAGGGCGGCCUCGCCUCCGACUCCCUCCUCUCCGCCUGGCUGAGCGAGAAUGCAAAGGCGCCGCGCCAGGCGCUCGAGCGGCUGCACCAGCUAGUCGAGGAGCUCGAGCGGGAGCUACGCGGGGAGAUAUGGGGAGAUGUGGGGAGAUGCGCGUCGAGCAUCGGCAUCCCUCGAGUCCCUUCUCGCGACGUGGCUGUCUCGUCGGGCAAACUUUCCUCCAAGGUUGCGGCACCGGCGAGGCAUUCCGCAGCCAACGGCAAGACGCCGCACCUCCAGCUCGGCCUAAGGAAGGGCGAGACGCCGCACCUCCAGCUCGGCCGGUGGGCGCAGCUGCACAAGGACCUGUACAGCUCGCGCAAGGAAGUGUUUGACACCUCAAAGGUGCCAGACAUCUACGACAAUGCGCUGUACGACAUGGUCCACAACGAGCACCUCGGGCUGCAGGCCCUAGCCGCGCCGGCUCCGAGAAGGGCUUUGCCGCGCUUGUUCCGCGCCUCGCGCACGCUCGCGUCGUACGUGGUGCCGCAGGAGUACGGCAUCGAGCCGGAGGACAAGGUGACGGUCGGCCUGCAGAUCGCGUGGCAGAUGCUCGCCAAGCUGCUGCAGGACAUGCUUGAGAACGGAGGAGCG